UUUUUUUUUUUUAUUUACAACCCUUGUCUUACUACAAUUACACUUUACUAAAAUAAACAAAGUAAAUUAAAUUGUACUUCUCUUUUUUUCUAUCGAAAACAAAUUCUCUCCGUCAGUCAUGUCUGAUAUUUACGGCGUACCUACAACCAUGUUGAAUACUCGACGACACCUUCGACGAAACUCUUCACCUGGUAUGGACGUUAUUCGUGAUGAAAUUAAUGAAACUAUUCCUAAACCUUUGGACUUGUCUCGUUCAAAACUAUUCAGUCCAGCUUCGUCCAUUUUACAUUCACCUAUUGCUAUGUCUCCUUCUUCGUCUAGUUCUUCUAUUCGAUCUGCUGCUCGUACUCACCAAUAUCGUAUGAAUGCUGCUCAAGAACAACGUACUUACCACGAAAGUUGUCAACGACUUUUGAGUCAUAUUGCCUCUGUUACCAGUAUUUGUGAUGAAUUAUACAAAAAUAAUAAGAAUCAUUCUGUAUAUUAUCCUCCUUUCCCCAAGGCUCAACAACAACGACUUAAUUCUACUCGUCUACAACCUCAACGCUCAAUGACUACUUCUUUUAUAUCUGAUUCGAUGCAUUUGGAAACUGCCUCUCAACCAGAUAUGGGAACUCCUUCUUCUAUUGUGGAUUCACUUUAUCAACGUCGCUCCUCUGUUCAGUCUGAUUCUUUACCGUCUUUGCAAUCAUCCACUUCUACUCUUGUCGCUAAUGCCCAUGCCAGUUUCUUGAAACAAGAAUUCAAUAUUCUUCAUUUGGAUCUUAAGGUUGGUCAUGCUACAACCAAUUUACACUCCACUUUGGAACAAUCAUCUAUUGCCAACCUUUUGGAAGAAAAGCUUUUACAAUGCAAACGACAUUUGGAUAAUUUAUAUACUCGAGUUGCUGAUACUUCAUCCAAGGUACUUGUAACUGGUGAUUUGAAUGCUGGGAAGAGUACUUUUGUCAAUGCUUUAUUGAAACGAGAAUUGUUACCUGCUGAUCAACAACCCUGUACCAAUAUGUUUUGUGAAGUUUUGGAUGCUAAUCUCAACGAUGGUGUAGAACAAAUGCACGCUAUUCCUCAAGUGGAAAAUUAUGAUCGUCUUAAUCCUGCUACUUAUCAUGUUGUGGAAAUGCGUCACUUGGACAAACUAAUUAUGGAUGAUUAUGAACAAUACCAAAUGGUCAAGAUUUAUACCAAUGAUGCUCGAAAUACUCAAGAAAGUCUUUUGCAUAAUGGUGUGGUUGAUAUUGCUCUGAUUGAUUCUCCUGGUCUUAAUACUGAUUCUGUCAAAACUACUGCUGUUUUUGCCCGUCAAGAAGAAAUUGAUGUUGUUGUCUUUGUUGUCAGUGCGGAAAAUCAUUUCACCCUUUCCGGAAAAGAAUUUUUGUGGAAUGCUGCCAAUGAAAAAACUCAUAUUUUCAUUGUUGUCAAUCGAUUUGAUUCUAUUCGGGAUAAAGAUCGAUGCAAACGCAAUAUUUUGGAACAAAUUCGUCAAUUAUCUCCAGCUACUUAUCAAGAUGCAGAUGAUUUGGUUCACUUUGUUAGUGCAGGUGAUGUUGAUUUGGAACCUGGAUCUCGCAAGUUAGAUGCUCCUGAUUUCGCAAGAUUGGAAGAACGAUUACGUGCAUUUGUAUUAGGCAAUCGUACCAAGAGCAAACUUCUUCCUGCCAAAAAUUAUCUGGUAAAUCUUUUGUUGGAUAUUGGUGUACUUUCUGAAGCUAAUCAAGCUGAUGCUGCUGCCAAAUAUCAAGAAGCUACUACCAUGUUGGAAAAGGACUUGCCUGCAUAUGAACAACUUCUUCGUGCUCGUGAUCGUAUGUUGAAUCAAGUCGAACGUAUGGCUGAAACUACUGUGACGAUGGUACAACGUCAAGCAAUGGAGCGACUUCAAGAAGCUGCUGAACAAGUACAAAAAGCUAUUGAACCAUUGGAAUACCCUGGUUUCUUUUUACUUUGGCAAUAUGCACAGGAUCUUUGUGAGUCUAUGGCACAAGCAAUGGUGAAAGAAAUUCGAGCAGUGGAACAACAAACACGACAAGAUACACAACAUUGUUUGGAUAAUGUUCAUCAAGUAGCUGAAGAACAAUUGGGCAAUUUUCCUCGUGUGGCUAAUGUAGAUGGUAUGUUUUUAAGACCUCGUGACCGACGUUUAUUGAUCCAAGUGGAAACUACCGACUUUUUUGACUUUGUAUUGGAUGAUAAGUUAUCAGGAUGUGCUCUCUCCGUAGGUGCUGCUGCAAUGGUAGGUGGACGAUUAAUGGGUUUCAAGGAUGCCGUAUCAAGUCUUUGGAAUAUGUCUACCAUGUUGGGUGCUCAAAAUAUGCGUAGAAUGGCACUUCCUGUGAUCGGUAUUGCUAGUGCCGGAUUACUCAUCUAUGUCGUGGCCGAUAUGAGAAAUGCAGUGGAACGCAAAUUAGUACGCAAAUUUAAACAAGCUGUUCGUGAUCAAGGUUAUGUAGAAACGCAAAGUCAUCGUAUUGGUCGUGACACUCGCAAGAUGCUUCGUGUGGAAGGAUGGGAAAUCCAAUCUCGUUUACAAAAGGCUAUUGAAACAAAGGAACAAAAACGCAAUGAAAUGGAAUUCGUGAUUCAAACCUCUCAAGAAGCCAUGACUUAUUUUACUUCUUUACUGGAGAAAUCUACUAUGAUGUUAGACAAGGUCGAAUUGGUUCAAAUUGAACAAUCCAGAAUAGAUGAACCUUUGAAGAUCUAGGUCUUCUUUUUUUUUUGUUUUAUUUUAUUUUAUUUU